GCAUUAACCAUGCGAAGAAGUGCCUAAUUCAAUAAAAAUAGUUUGAAGUUCGCGGGUAGUAUAACCAACUUCCAUGUUGCACGCUGCUAUUUGUGGCCUACGUGACUCAGAAACAGUUAUCAAUGGCGCAACAACAGCUGCUUCAAAAGUUCAGUGACCAAUUCUGUAGUGCAACUGCAACCCCUGAGCACAGCAGCAUUUAAAUUUGAACUGUUAGAGAGACAACUACUAUUAGCAAAUAAUCUAACGAGCUGUGUACAAGUGUGUGAACACGUGUGCGUCUAUUAAAUAAUCAGCAAUAAUAAAAACAGAAAACAAAAGCAAAAACAAAAACAAAAAACCUGAAGAGAAGAAAAACAAAGUGAACGUCUAGGAAAUCGUACAAAAAACCUUGGCGCGUUUGCCAUUCGACAGUUGCAACUAAAAUUAAUUUACAAAGUGAAGCUCCACUAAUAAAUCAUCAUGUUGGACAUUGUCCAACCCGGCGAUCACCUAAGCGAAGGCAGCAACAACAACAACAACAGCAGCGAUGUUGUCGUCAUUCGAGCGAGGCCUAAAAAGGUGUUUAAGCCCAAGGCGCGUAUCAAUCGCAUACCACAGGAGUUGCUCAAUGAUCCCCAACUGCAGCAGGCCAUUGACAGGCUGCCCUCCAACUACAACUUCGAGCUGCACAAAACAAUCUGGCGCAUACGUGAGACAAAGGCAAAGCGCGUGGCACUGCAGCUACCGGAAGGACUGCUGAUGUAUGCAAUGGUCAUCAGUGAUAUUGUCGAGCGUUUCACAACUGCUGACACUGUCAUCAUGGGCGAUGUUACUUAUGGCGCUUGCUGUGUGGAUGACUAUACAGCACAAGCUUUGGGCGCGGAUCUGCUGGUGCACUACGGGCACAGCUGCUUAAUACCUGUCGAUCAAACCUGCGGCAUCAAGGUUCUUUACAUAUUUGUGGAUAUAAAAAUCGAUCCGUUGCACUUCCUGGACUCCGUGAAAAUGAACUUCAAGCCAGAGGUAGGCCAAAUUGCUCUGGUGAGCACUAUACAGUUUGUCACGACGCUGCAAGCAGCUGCAACAGAGCUAAAGGCAGCUGGUUACGAUGUAUUGGUGCCACAGGCAAAGCCCCUGAGUCCGGGCGAAAUAUUGGGCUGCACAUCGCCACAGCUGCCGGAGACAACGCAAAUGAUUAUCUACCUGGGUGACGGACGCUUCCACCUGGAAUCCGCCAUGAUUGCCAACCCCCUGCUCAAGGCGUACAAGUACGAUCCAUAUGAGAAGAAGUUCACUGUAGAAGAAUAUGAUCACAAGGCCAUGCAGGGCCUGCGACACUCGGCUGUGCAGCGUGCCAAGCAAGCAAAACGCAUUGCCAUCAUAUUGGGCACACUGGGUCGACAGGGCAGCGGUCGUGUGCAUCGAUUUCUGGAGAAGCGCCUGCAUGCCAAAGGCAUUGCGACGACAACCAUACUGCUGUCUGAGAUCUUUCCACAAAAGCUGGCGUUAUUCGCUGACAUCGAUGCCUUCGUACAAAUUGCCUGUCCGCGUCUGUCCAUUGAUUGGGGAUCGGCUUUUGAGCAACCAUUGCUGAAUCCUUAUGAACUAUCUGUGGUGUUGGGCGAUAUCGAGUGGACGCCAGAUAACGCAUCGCCACGCACCAAUGCCUAUCCCAUGGACUUCUAUGCCAGCGGCAGCCUAGGCCCGUGGACGCCAAACUUUAAGCCACCAGCGCUCGGUGAAUGCGAGAACCGUCCCUCGGCCGACUGUUGUGGCCGGUGCACACGCGCCGAACUUGAGAAGGAUGAUACCGGCAAGGCGGCAGCAUUGGCAGAUUUGCUCGACUUCAAGAAGGGCUAAACCAUUCGGCCUAGAGGAAUCCUCAUUCUCACUUCUCUCAAGCGUGACUCACCUCUAAGUAACUAAGUGAUUUUAGUUUAUGUGCCCGCCCAGCCCAAGUGUAAUAUACCUACUAAUUUAAGUUAGUGCAAAUUUCAUUUCUAAGUUAUACGGCGAUGUAUAUAUGUAUAUAAUUAAAAUAUAUAUAUGUAUAUAUUAGCUAAACUUUUGUGUUCAAUCAAACUCCAUUUGAUAUCAAUA